GCGGGGAUAGUCUUUUUGAUGAAGGACGCGUCGAGUUACUUUUGUCCUUAGCCAAUGUCAGAAACGAAUAUUAACGACACAACUGCGAAGCCGCAGGAAGAAAUUUCUUCAUCUACAGAUAUUCUGGCCAAUGUCGAGGAGAAAUCCUCAAUUCCGGUAGAACCAUUGGAACCGGUACACGUCGAAGACGAAAAUAAUGUUCCCGUACCCCCGAAGGAUACGCCUGUAAUGAACACUCCAGAACCUAAAGCUUUACAUAAGUUACCCGAUCAGCAGCUGUUCACGCCUCCCAUUUCACGAAAACGUCUUCGCGAUGUAAAAUCGACACUUUUUAAACCAUUCAAGAGCCCUGUUAUGAAACUACCGUUAACUCCUCAGAACCAAAACACACAAUCACCAUGUGCACAUGAAACACCAAUUUCUGCCUCCGAGGAGCUUUCGUCCUCUUCGGAUUUACUGUCAUCUUCUCCCUCGAAGGCAAGCUUUGUUAGGAAGAAACGCGUAAAGCGAUCGUUCCAAUCACCCAUAGCAUCCCUAAAAAGCUCCAGCGAUCCGGAAUUGGUCGCUUUGCUUUCCCAUCGAUUACGUGUUGAAAAGGAGGUAAAAACGCUCCAGGAUGAUUUAAACACGGCCGAAGCUGCUUUUAAAGUUGAGACGAAAGACGAGGACGAUGAUCUUAUAGUCCUCAUUCAUCGUUGGCGCGCUGCCGCGCAGCAAGCAGCGGAUGUUCUGUUUCACCCUAUGGCAGAACGAAUUGCAAAUGCUGGAGGAGUUACUCGAUGUGUUCGACUUCAACAGGAUGGUCAGGAAUACGUUUCGGAAGAAAAAACGAAGUAUACAAUGGGCAUGUUCCUUCAACAAUUCGGCGUUCCUUAUGAACUUAUUGGAUACGAUCCAGAAGAAGACGAUUGGACAACGACUUAGCUUUCAGGGAAGGCUUUUCUUUUUUUAUGAUUUAUGACCACUAACGAAACGAAAUAUGAGUCCGGUACACGACUUGUUUCGAAGAAAAAAAAUAGUUUUUAUAUAUGUCUGCUCAUCUCGCUACAUUAGCACGUUCGCAAUAUUGCUACAUACGCGUACACACACCUCCUAUACAUUCGUUUUAAUUGACAACGUUAAUUCCUUGUUAUUAAAAAAAAAAGGAAACAUGAAUUGAAAGAACUGGAAAAGAUUGUAACUCGUUUACAUACAUCACAAUUUCUAAACGAGACACGAACUGUUCAUCGAGAAGGCUCUUUUUCCUUAGAGCUCUUCGCGUUCAUUACGACGACUAUAGUUAGCUUUCACACUAACGAUGGAUUUCUUCCUGCGAUGGGAAAUAUUUCAGCUCGCUUAAUGGCCAAGCUGUUUAUAAGGAUAAAAGAAUGAUUGCUGCUUAAUGCGCAGCAACUUGGUUACGUCUCGCACGACGAGCGAGUCUGUCUUCUCUCAGUCUUUGACGAUUCCGUAAAUGUUGACGGGUGAAAAAACCACCAACAAUAAGUACAAUGAUUGUCACCACUAUGGUUUCGACAAGUCGACGGUCAACGUAGUCAAAGCCGUUAUACAUGAUAUCGUCCUCUUUCAUGUCUUGCUUUUUUUCCGUAGUGGUAAAGGUAGGACUCGAAGUCGAGACUCCGGCAGUCGUGACAGACUCUUGGGAGGAAUUGCUGGAAGAUGCUCGAACCGACGAAGGCAGAAAACAGACUUUCGCCGGGAGCAAUUUAAUGUUGCAGAGCGGUGCCUGAAUCCGUUCUUGCACCCGGCGGAAGGCAUUGUUCAAUAGACGACAUACCAUUUCGUAUGAUUCUGCGUAACUACUUUUCAAAAUAGACAGACGCAACAACGACCACGUACUCAUGAGUUCUGCCCGUUUGUCGCUCUUCAGCAUAAGAUCAUAGUGCCGUUUGGCCAAUUCAAAAUCCUUAGGUACACCAAGACCCUUCUCAUGCAUCCAACCAAGUCGCCAAUGAACAAAAGCAGACUCCCCGAGUUGCAGAGCUGCUUCGUAAUAUGUCAUGGCGGUCUGGGCGUCCACUUGUGUGCCUAAUCCUUGACGAUAAAAGUCACCAACUUUGACGAUGGAGUCACGAUGGUAUUGACCAGCUGCGCGAGAGUAGAAAAGCAAUGCCGUCUUCAAGCGGGCAUCAUUUGCGACUGCGUUUUCAUCGUAAAGUUCGGGAAGUGUGCGAAGGAGGGAGACAUCGGGGUCGUACUUCUGAGCAACUUGAACUUGUGCGUUUCGAUUACCCAUUUCAGCAGCAAAACGCGACGACAACGUGUCGCUGUUGAAAUCAAAUAAGUGAAACAUUAUCUCGGCAAACUCUUUGUAGAGCCUGACGGAAACACUAAUGUCACUCUGUUCAAAAAGAUGAGCAAGAUAGUAGCCAGCUUCAAUAUCAUGAGCGUUAUAAACAGAUUGCAAAUGGGACAAUGCCAUUUCCCGUUUGCCGUUUGCAUAUUCGAAUUUGCCAAGUUCUCGGUAAGCAGAAAUAGCACCCAAUCUUUUGACAGCUUCAACGUGGCCGACGGUAAAGGUUUCUUUGGCUUGGAGAUAUCGAAGGACAGCUUUUUCGGCAGAUUCCAGAUACUCACGGGCAAGAGCCUCGUUCUUCGUCACCCCGAGUCCAUGAAGAAGCAUGUAUGCGAGACCGCUAAUGCACUCGUAAUUCUUCAAUUGUUUUCCCUUGGUAAACCAUGCCCACGCCAGUUCGUAGUCGGGAUCUCCACCGUCCAAACCGAUCAAGGCAAGACGGCCCAAACGGAAGGCGGUGCUGCCAACGUACAUGCGUUGUUCAUCGUCGUAGUCCCGGAAGCGUCGGGACUGCACGGUUUGUGCCGUCUCCUUGCUGACUUUCAUGCUGCUUGGCAGAUACUCAUCGACAAUUUGACGGUAAAUAGUCAGUGCCUGUGGCAAGUCCUGAGGUAUAUCUCUCAGACCGGUUUCGUGCAAUUCAGCCAAGCUGUACUUGGAGGGAAGAUCAGAGCCUCGAGUAGCUGCAUACUCCCAAACAUAAACUACGUCUCUCAGACGAUGAACAUUCUGGACCAUUUUCAAGUGAUACAGAUCGGGAUCGUGGCCUCUGUUUCCCUCAUGGCCAAGCGGUUGCACGAAGGGUAGUGCUUGGUCUGCUAAGUAUCGGUACAGUUCAAGUGCUUUCGACUGGUUCUGAGCACAGUGGAUGCCAGCGUGAUGCUGAUACGCCAGCACGAAUAUAGCAAGCGGAUGGUGUUUCCGGGCAGCAGCUUCUAGAUGAAUACGAGCUAAGACUGGGUUGUAUGGAAUUGCCGUGCGGAAUGCUUCUUCGUAACCAAACAACUGGAGUGCUCCUAAGACGAAAUGGGCGUGAGCAUCUCCACUAUUUGCAUCAUUUUGUAGAUUGAUCAAGUCUUCUGAUGUUACAGUAGCAGCAAAGUCUUUGAGGAAUAUGCUUAUGUCAUUUCGUGAUCCAAUUUCGGUCGGCGAUACUGUGUUUUUCAUAUCAUCAUCAUUCUGAGCUCUAGCUCCGCGUACAGGGCAUAUGCAUUGCGAACAUAGUAAGAGAAGAGCCACAAAAACCGGAAUACACCUGUUCAGCAGCGACAUCUUCCUUAGUA